UCGAGCGCUGCCGUUUGCUGGCAGUUUUACGCGAGGAACUCCCGAACUACUUCGGCAACCCGUUAUAACGGUCGACAUGGCGACCGAGGAAAUUAUCAACCGUUUUCUUAAGGAAAGACGAAGAUAGUCGAUACUCAGUGAGUAUGAACGGGUUUCAGGUAUUACACCAUGUGAUGAUCACCCGGGACGUGUGAACUUAUUUAAGAACUCCUGUGUUCAGAAGAUUUUUUGAUUCCAGUGGAAUCUUUCAUUCCCCCCUCCAUCUAUUAUUUCCUUUUUUGUUAAAUGACACACCACCCAGUCACACACGCACCCAGAAGAAGCCCCCCCACCCUCGUUUACAUGUAGAACAACCCUGCUACCAUGCCUGUACAAGCCCCACAAUGGACAGAGUUUUUGCUGUGUCCGAUAUGCACCCAGACGUUCGAGGAGACGGUGCGUCGGCCCAUCAGUCUGGGCUGUGGCCACACCGUUUGCAAGAUGUGCCUCAACAAGCUGCACCGCAAGGCCUGCCCCUUUGACCAGACGGCCAUCAAUACUGACAUUGAACAGCUGCCCGUCAACUCAGCCCUGCUACAGCUGGUCGGGGGUCAGGUUCCGAAACAGCAACCGGUGGCGCUUAUUACGUGUCCAGAGGACACAAAGCAUUAUGAUGAGGCACGACAGUGUGUUGAGGAGCUGGCCCUCUACCUCAAACCCCUCAGCAGUGCACGAGGAGUGGGGUUGAGUAAUGCUGCUCAGAGCAUGCUAAGCCGGCCCAUGCAGAGGAAGCUGGUGACUCUGGUGCACUGUCAGCUGGUGGAGGAGGAAGGACGGGUCAGGGCCAUGCGGGCAGCUCGAUCUCUGGGUGAAAGAACUGUUACAGAGCUCAUUCUGCAGCACCAAAACCCCCAGCAGCUCUCAUCCAACCUGUGGGCAGCUGUGAGAGCCAGAGGCUGCCAGUUUCUGGGUCCUGCCAUGCAGGAGGAGGCGCUAAAGCUGGUGUUGUUGGCCUUGGAAGACGGAUCCGCUCUUUCCAGGAAGGUCCUGGUUCUUUUUGUGGUCCAGAGACUGGAACCGAGAUUUCCUCAGGCCUCCAAAACCAGUAUUGGACAUGUAGUUCAGCUCCUCUACCGUGCCUCUUGCUUUAAGGUGACUAAGCGAGAUGAGGAUUCAUCGCUAAUGCAGUUAAAAGAGGAGUUCCGCACGUAUGAGGCACUUCGGCGGGAACACGACUCUCAGAUUGUUCAAAUCGCAAUGGAGGGAGGGCUUCGCAUUGCCCCCGAUCAGUGGUCGUCUCUGCUUUAUGGAGACCAGUCUCAUAAAUCUCACAUGCAGUCCAUCAUUGACAAGUUGCAGACCCCAGCAUCGUUUGCUCAGAGCGUGCAGGAGCUGACCAUCGCCCUGCAGAGGACGGGUGACCCAGCCAAUCUCAACCGGCUAAGACCUCAUCUUGAGUUGCUCGCUAACAUCGAUCCCAGUCCAGAUGCUCCUCCUCCUACCUGGGAGCAGCUUGAGAAGGGGCUUGUGGCGGUAAAGACGGUGGUGCAUGGCCUUGUGGACUUCAUCCAAAACCACAGCAAGAAGGGUGCAGACACUCAACAGCCCCCACAGCACAGCAAAUACAAGACAUACAUGUGCAGAGACAUGAAGCAGAAAGGAGGCUGUCCCAGAGGAGCUAGCUGCACUUUCGCCCACUCUCAGGAGGAGCUGGAAAAGUACCGUAAAAUGAACAAACGUCUUGCUGCGCGAGUGCCCUGCACCCCUGGUCUGCUUCCUGACGACGUGAUCCCACUGGAGCCAACCCGGAAGGGCUCUGGCAUUACCAAUGGUCUUCCCCAGCUCAUCCCCAGAGGCACAGACUCUUCCACGUAUGACCUCUUACUCAAGCCCAAAAUGGAUGGCCCUAGUCUGAGUGCUCCUGGGUCACCACCGGACUCUUUGGAUAAACCUGGCUUGUCCCUGACACCCCACCCUGUGCCUCAUCCCAGAACGGAGCACUUAACCAUGCCCAAGCAGGGGGCAGUCGUGCCCAGAGGUACACCGCAGAUGUAUCCGCAGCAGCAGCCUGAGCUCUUCUAUCCAGAGCCCGCCAGACCUCCUCCCUCAGGUUCUCAGUAUGAUGCUCAGUACCCAGCAGGCAAUCCUUACACGUACCAACCUCCACAAUACGUUCCUCACCGAUACAUCCGUAAUCCACCUCCAGGCGAGUCAGCAGUGCCACCUUACCCAGAGCCCUACCCAGGUUACGGCCCAGAAAGCCAAUAUCAGGGCCACCACUCCGGUCCCUCUUUCUCAACACACACCUAUGCACCGCCCUCCCAUUACAGUCGCAGACACUAUCCCGCACCCCCACCCCCAUUCGCCCCUCCCAGAGAUGACUUGGUCAGGAUGAGCCCGGUUCCUUUGGAUCUUCCCCCAGCUGCUAUGCCUCCUCCAGCAGGGCCCGCAGGUUCUCUGUACCACACUCAAGAGGCAUCAUCCAGAGACCGAUACGCACCGGACGGGUACUAUCCUGCUGGACCGCACCACAGCCAAAUGAGGUCUCACAUAAGAGACCCGUAUCGCUCUCAGCCCAGUCUGGAUGACUUGCAUCGCCGACGUAAGGAGCUGCUCGUCCAGCUAGAGGAGAGGAAAGUCAUCUCUCCUCCGCCCUUCGCUGCCUCCCCGACUCUCCCCACACACCCGUUCCCCCACGACUACCCUCAGGAGUAUCUGGAGGAUGGCUCUAAGGUCUUUGGAAGUCGAGAGCCAGAUUAUGCUGGGCAGUAUUCCCCCUGGUCAUGUGACACCAUAGGAUCAUACAUCGGUUCCAAGGACGCUAAACCAAAAGAUGUCAGUAGUGCUGUGGAGAUGAUGACUGCAGAGGGAAAAGUUUUGCGUGAGCCUGCGCUGGACACUCAGCGGCGCUCUGCAGAAGCCAAAGACGACGAUCCCAUCAUUCCCUUUGGUCCUCUGCCCACUGUGUCUCCAUUUGGUGCCAUUUCGCGUACCUCUAAAACGGGUUACCAGACCACUGGGCCUGUGCAGGCCAUAGCAUCCUCACAGGCCUCAGGGCCCAAACACAUGACGAUGACAGCAGACUAUCCAUAUGGAAACCACAGCGGAUGGGGUGGAGCAUCGUACCCUCAGCACCAGAGCAUCAACUCUCAGGGACACUUCAGCGAGCGUUUGCCUGUGUCUGGCCCGGACCGCGAGCAGCUCAAGAUUGAGCUCCAGCAAGUGAACCAACAGAUCAGUCAGCAGACCCGCGGCAUGGAGGCUGCCAGUAACUCCAUGCUCCUUCAGAGGGAAGCGUGUGCGAUGGCGGCUCAACCCUCCGCGGGGGUCAAGUGGUCUUCAGGAACCGCAGUGUCUAGUGAGCAGCUCAGCCGAGAGCUCGAUCACGUAGAGCGAGAGAUCAGAACCCGGGAGAUCGCCAUGGAGAACCAGGUGGCUCAUGAAUACAAGCUGAAGGCCAUUGAGAACGGGCAACCUGACCAUAAAGCCCAACUGGAGGAACUCUCUUUAGCACUGGGCGAGGUGUCUAACGGAUCCAGUGGCAUGAAGCCAGCCAGUAAUAUGGGCGGAUCUAUGCUCUCGCUGACCAAUAAGACGUCUUCUCUCAGCCUCUGUUCUGCUGACCAAGCAGCGAGUAGCGCAGACCUUCAAAAGAAUGGUGUUGUUCACUCUUGCUCUUAAGAGUGUAUGUAUACACACACACACACACACAGACAACCUCUCCAGAGGUCAAUACUCCUCCUCGGAGGGCUUUGAAAUCCAUCUCUUGACCAAUUGGAGCAUUUCAAGAGAUUUUUUUAAUAUUCAGAUUAAGCUGAUAUGAGGGACACACACUUACACACACACACACACACUCACCUGCAUGCUGCUUCGUGCAUGCACCGACACAAACUUAUCUGUUGUUUUAUUUAGAAAAAUGAGCAGUAUCUGCCGUGAUAUACAUUUUCUUUCUUUUUGUUCUGUGAAUGAGCUUUUCGUUUUAAUGACUUCUGAUUGCCUGGAAACCAGGGCAUCUGAACAAUGCUUACUUUGUUGUUUUUCCCCUGAGUAUAUCAAGAAAGAACAGUCAACCCAAAGCUAGUACUGACAGAACGACUCGAACCAGUGGAAUCUAGUGUGGUCAAAAGUAUCGAGUUCAGUACUGAAAUUUUAAAAAUACCAAUUUCCAGCAAACAUUUGAUUGGUCGUUGUGUUCACAUGCUCAACAGAAAGGACUGUGAUUGGCUAUGAAGGUAAUCAGUUAACCAGUCUUCAUCACUGUUUACCCAUAUACACCGAUACUGACACUGGAGCGAUUUAAAGUCGCGUCGAUCUAUCAGCGGAUUGCUCAUAUGUCAGCUCAUAUGUUGUUACCCAUAUACACAGAUACUGACACUGGAGCUUUUUAAAGUCGCAUCGAUCAGUCGAUCUAUCAGCAGAUUGCUCAUAUGUCAGCUUAUAGACAGAUCAGCUGAUAGACACGACAUUGAAAUCUCCAGUGUUUAUAUAUCUGUGUUUACACUCAGUAAACUGAUGACCUUCAUGGCCAAUCACAGUCAUUUCUGUUGAGCACGUGAACACACUGAACAAUCAGCGGUGUUUGAAAAUACACUCAAAUGUUUGCAGGAAAUAGAACAUUUGAAAUUUCAGUACCGAAUUCGAUAUUUCCGACAACACUGGUGCAAUCAAAACCAGAAUUGAGCGCACUCAAUUUUUAGUGGCGACGGUGCUGUCGAAACAUUUGACUCCCUGGAUCUCUGCAGCCUUGAAUAUGAUCUGACUCACCAGGUUUAAAGUAGCACGGAGAACCUUUUAUGAAUCCAUUUUUAUGGACCGUUAACGCGGCUCUCCCCACAUGACACUCGACCGUGGCAGUAUGUUGCUGUAAGGUUAUUUCGAUUGAGCUCUGGAAGACACAAGGGAGAAAAGACAUGCCUAUCUCU